UCUUGGGCCUGCUUCACGCGAAGGUGCAGAAGCUUACUCCCGGAAAGUACGAGGUGGACGGCACCGACGUCGAGGUGCUUGGGUCCACCCGGGUGUUGGCCAAGCAACAGAUAUUUGCAUUCUUCUAGAUAUACGUCACGUGACCCCAGUCACGCGCAGUCAUAUUCUUCCGUAACCACCUCCCAUUCGUAGUCGACCCCAUCAUGUUCAGCUACAUCGCCUCCUGGUUCAAGUCCCCCGAAGUCUCGGCCGAGCUCCUCGCCUCCGUGAAGGCCUCUACUGGCGCCCACAAGGUCGUGGUCUACUCCAAGUCCACCUGUCCAUACUGCUACAGCACCAAGCAGUUGUUGAAACAGCUCAACCAGGACGCCCACAUCGUCGAGCUUAACCAAACUGCCGAUGGCGCCUCCAUCCAGGCUGCCUUGGCUGAAAUCACUGGCCAAAGAACGGUUCCCAACGUGUUUAUCAACGGCAAGCACAUUGGAGGCAACUCAGACUUGCAGGAGCUCCACAAACAGAACAAGUUAGUUCCGUUACUUCAAUAGACAAUAAACAAAUGCUUGAAAUCGUGUAGCCAAGGUGCAACUUCUAGGUCCUUUGGCACAAGGGUCCUUAAAAAAUGGGGAUCGUCGUAAGUAAUCGUAUAUCAGACAGGGUCCGCCAGAAAGCAGACAUAAAGCAGCCAGAAAUUAGCCAGAAAGCA